CAUCCAUCUAUAAAGCAAAGUCAUAAAAAGAGAGAGGAGGGUAGCUCUCUUUGUUUGUAGAAGAAGGAAGAAAAAAGAAAAAUAAAAACUGAAAAGCAGAAAAAAAAAGCUAAUGGAGAAUGUGAUAUCUCUCUCUCUAGAGGUUUUAGCAUCAAACUAACCUCUUAAAAAAUAUACAUCGAACGUCCUCCUCAUCCUCCCGUCCUUUUCUAUAUCUCUCUUCUCCGAUCAAUCUCUGUUUUUUUCAAUUUGUUUCAGCUCCAACAGACUAAAAUAGAGACCGGUUUAAUAGUAAGAAAGAGGGAAAUAGAUAGCAGCAUACGUAACAUUAAUUUGCGACAGAAUGGCUGGUGAAGGAGGAACAUUGUCUUUUUCGGUGGCGUCCGUAGUGGAGGAUGUGCUGCAGCAACAUGGUAAUAGACUCGGAGAUCUCGAUUUGGAGUCCAGGAAAGCUGAAGAAGCCGCAUCAAGAAGGUAUGAAGCUGCGGGGUGGUUGAGAAAGAUGGUAGGAGUGGUUGCAGCUAAAGAUUUGCCAGCAGAGCCAUCUGAAGAAGAGUUUAGGCUUGGAUUGAGAAGUGGAAUCAUUCUUUGCAAUGCUCUCAAUAAGAUACAACCCGGGGGUGUGCCUAAGGUCGUGGAGAGUCCAUGCGAUGCUGCUCCUAUACCCGAUGGAGCAGCAUUAUCUGCAUUUCAGUACUUUGAAAAUGUAAGAAAUUUCCUUGUAGCGGUACAGGAGAUGGGGAUUCCUAAUUUUGAGGCAUCUGAUCUGGAACAAGGAGGAAAAUCGGCAAGGGUUGUGAAUACUGUUUUGGCACUUAAAUCAUACAGUGAGUGGAAACAAACUGGUGGAAAUGGGAUUUGGAAAUUUGGUGGAAAUGUAAAACCGCCAGUGUCAGCCAAGUCUUUUGUAAGAAAAAAUUCGGAACCAUUCAUGAACUCAUUAUCCAGGAACUUGUCAAUAAAUGGAAAAUCUUUCAACUCCCUGUCCAGUGAUCUUGAGUACUCUAAUAAAAUGUCUGGGUCUGGUUCCUUGAGCAUGCUUGUUCGUGCUGUUUUGUUGGAUAAGAAGCCAGAAGAAGUUCCAAUGUUGGUGGAAUCAGUGCUCAGUAAGGUUGUGGAGGAAUUUGAGAGUCGCAUUGCAAGCCAAUAUGAUAUGGCAAAGGAAGCUCCUAAAGAAAUAGCCAUCUCUCAGGGAAACAAGUUUUUGCUGAAAUCUACUGGUGAUAAUAAAAGGACUGAAGACAAAAAUGUCAGAUUGAUAAAGAAAGAGGAAUGCUUUCAUAAAAACCAAAUUGCAGAGGAGGAAUUAAAAAAUAAAACCCAGAAACAGCAAAUGAUCUUUGAUAAACAACAAAGAGAUAUUCAGGAAUUAAAAAACACGCUUAGUACAACAAAAGCUGGUAUGCAGUUUAUGCAAAUGAAAUUUCAUGAGGAGUUUAACAGUCUUGGGAUGCACAUCCAUGGUCUAGCUCAUGCUGCUUCUGGCUACCAUAAGGUUCUCGAGGAAAAUCGAAAGCUAUACAAUCAAGUGCAGGACCUAAAGGGGAGUAUUCGGGUUUAUUGUCGAGUGAGACCAUUUUUGUCUGGACAAUCAAACGAUUUGAGCACUGUGCAUAGCAUAGAAGAUGGGAAUAUUACUAUUAGCACCGCGUCAAAACAUGGAAAAGGAUGCAAGUCCUUUAGCUUCAAUAAAGUCUUUGAACCAUGUGCUACCCAAGCGGAGGUCUUCUCUGAUAUGCAGCCAUUAAUCCGGUCUGUUCUUGAUGGCUACAAUGUUUGCAUAUUUGCAUAUGGUCAAACAGGAUCAGGAAAAACAUACACCAUGACAGGGCCCAAAGAUCUCAGUGAGAAAAACAAAGGUGUAAAUUAUAGGGCAUUGGGUGAUUUGUUUCUUCUAGCAGAGCAAAGGAAGGACAUCUUCUGCUACAACGUUGCUGUACAAAUGAUAGAGAUUUACAAUGAGCAAGUCAGGGAUCUCCUUGUUACUGAUGGAAGUAACAAAAGAUUAGAAAUUCGUAACAGUUCUCAAACAGGUCUGAAUGUACCGGAUGCAAACAUCAUUCCUGUAUCAUCAACACAUGAUGUUAUUGAUCUAAUGAACCUUGGACACAGGAAUCGUGCAGUAGGUGCAACAGCCCUUAAUGAUCGUAGUAGUCGCUCGCAUAGUUGCCUGACUGUCCAUGUUCAAGGAAGAGACUUAGCAUCCGGAACUAUUCUCCGUGGCUGUAUGCAUCUGGUUGAUUUGGCAGGGAGUGAAAGAGUAAACAAAUCUGAAGUGACCGGAGACAGACUAAAAGAAGCACAACACAUUAACAAAUCCCUAUCAGCUUUGGGUGAUGUCAUCGCUUCCCUUGCCCAGAAGAAUCAACAUGUACCUUAUAGAAAUAGCAAACUUACACAACUGCUCCAAGACUCACUUGGAGGGCAAGCCAAGACACUGAUGUUUGUUCACAUAAGCCCUGAGCCUGAUGCUUUAGGAGAAACAAUUAGUACAUUGAAGUUUGCUGAGAGGGUAGCCACUGUGGAACUUGGUGCAGCUCAGGUGAACAAGGGCAGUACAGAUGUUAAAGAACUCAAAGAACAAAUUGCUAAUCAAAAGGCAGCAUUAGCAAAAAAAGAGAGAGAAACGGAACACAGAAGAAAAGGAAGUGAAUCAUCACCAUCCAAUUCUAACCAUCGGCUCAGAGAUGCAAAUGAUAGCAAUCUCUUCCGGCAACCAAUGGGUGAUGUGGGCAACAUAGAGGUUCACAAAUCUACUCUGAGGCAGAAGAGACAAAGCUUUGAUCUUGAUGAGAUAUUAGCAAAUUCACCUCCGUGGCCUCCAGUCAUUAGCCCUAGUCUAAAUUAUGCUGAGGAUGAGAAGGAAAUGGCCUCGGGUGAGUGGGUAGAUAAAGUCAUGGUAAACAAACAGGAUGCAGUAAACAUGGUUGAAAAAUCUCUAGGAUGUUGGGAAGCCGAAAAUGGCAAUUUGCCGGAUGCCUUUUACCACAAGUAUCUUUCAGACUCUUCAAAAAUUUACCCAGAACAAUCCUUUAAUAUGUUAGUGGGUAACAGCCAGCUCAAUCUCGCUAAUAAUGACGACAUGGAUGAUAUUGAUGCUGCCACCAGUGAUUCAUCAGAACCUGAUUUUCUAUGGCAAUUCAAUCAGUCCAAGUUUACCAGUAUGACAAAUGGGAUUGAGUCAAAAACUAGCAAAGCAAUUUCAAAAGCAGCAAAGAAUCCAGAGUUAAGCAAGAACUUGAAUCCCUCGCUAGGCCCUUCACCAUCACGAAAGUUAGCAAAUGGAGGUGGAGUUCCCUUGCAACGGAACAGAAGGCAUGCUGCUCCAGUUGACGGGAAACGCAAGAUUGCAAAUAGGAAGUAGGAAAGUUACCCCUGCUGGGGGGAUUGCAGAUUAUUUAUAUACUUUGAUUUUUUUUUUCCUUCUGAGCGAAGAAGGAAAGUUUUACACUGUUCCCUUUUUUUAGCCAUUGUAUUGUUUAUAAUAUAGUUAAUGCAGCAAUAAUUCCAGUUGCUUGUUGUCAUCCUUCGGCGAGCUCACCAGAUGUGUCCUGACUUGCUUGGAUUUGACGAGAGAGAUUUUUUUUUGUUUUUUUUUUUUCAGAUUCCAUAUUACCACUUGUCUUUAUGUGAAACAUUGUAAACUCGAAAUUGAUUUCAAUGACUAAAAUUUUAAUUCUAAGAUCAAGGGUUUUAGUUCAA